ACAUUGUCUUAAAAAAGUUCAGCAAUAUUUGCUUAUCAAUAAAUCAAUUAAUUAUCUUGCGAUAAUAUUCUGGAGUAUUUCUCUCAUCGUUUUAGUUCAGUUCAACUCAGAACAUAUAAGUUUUUUUUGGUACCAAAAUAAAUCACAGCUCAGAAAGUACAUUUAUAGAAUUUAAACACAUGAGCGUGUUCGUGCGUUUAUAAAGUAUUAAGUAUUAUUAAUAAUAGUACGAAAUCCGGAUUCAAUAAUUAUUAAUCAGUUGGUAAUUUACCUAGUUUGCAUUAGAUAUUAAAAGAAAUACAAAGAUGUCUGAUCGAUCAAACGAAAAACCUUUAAACGUUGUAAAACAAGCAAUCGUUCAAAUUGGAGCUGGUGGAUCUGCUGGAUUUGUUGAAGUUUGUAUGAUGCAUCCUAUGGAUAUUAUAAAAACACGCUUUCAACUUCAAGUGAAAACGACAGAAAAUAAUCCAAUGUACUACACAGGAAUGCGGGAUUGUAUGAGAAAGAUAUAUUUAACUGAAGGACUUGCUGCUUUCUGGAAAGGAAUUUUACCACCAAUUAUUGCUGAAACUCCAAAACGAGCACUUAAAUUUUUUACCUUUGAACAAUACAAAAAGAUAUUCAGUCAUGGCUUGAGUUCACCUACACCAGUGACAUUUGCACUCGCUGGCUUUUGUGCUGGUAUUACUGAAGGAAUUGUUGUAAAUCCAUUUGAAGUUGUUAAAGUUCGUUUACAAUCAAAUCGCACACAAAUGAAAUACUCUCCAAGUACACUUACUGUUACUAAAGAAAUAAUUCAAGAAAGUGGAUUUACCGGAUUUAACAAGGGUUUAUCAGCCACGGCAUUAAGAAAUGCUAUCUUUAAUAGUUGUUAUUUUGGAUUUUAUCAUUCAGUUAAAAGUUUGAUACCGGUUAAUAAAGACCCUUGGAUUGAAUUCCUUACAAAGGUAAGUUUAGGAUUCAUGGCAGGCACAUUAGCUUCAUGUUUGAAUAUUCCAUUUGACGUGGUGAAAAGUCGAAUCCAAGGUCCCCAAGGUAGUAUGUAUUACAAGGGAACUCUAAAUACACUUGGAAUCGUAUAUAGACAAGAAGGACUAACAGCGUUGUACAAAGGAUUAUUACCGAAAAUUCUUCGACUCGGACCUGGUGGAGCAAUCAUGCUUGUCGUAUACGAUUAUAUGCAUGAAUUUUUAACAGAACAAAUUCGUUGAUUAUCAAUAAUUAUUUUAAUAAUAAAUUA